CUUGUUGUCAAUUUUUUUUUGUUCCUUCUUUAAAUUUUAGAAAUUAAUAUAAUUAAUGGAUAUAACACCGCUUUUUAAGGCUUGUAUCAAGACGGUGAAGCUUCAAAACAAGUCACUACCAGUUCCAGAUAAAAAUAGGAUAUUGAAAACCACACAAAAAGAUGAUCUUUGUAAAAAAACAAAAGAAAUAAAAUAUCAAAUAACACAAUUAAAGAAUUUCUUAGUAGAAAAUCGGGCAGCUUAUAUCCAGUUUGCAUGUCAUUUGAAGCGUUCUGCUCAGAUGACAAAUGAAGAACGAGAUUUGAUUGAUCGAGAAGCUGAAAAGAUAAUUAGUGUAUGUACGCAAUUUAUCUGCGAGCUUAAGCUGGAUUAUGGUGCAAAACAAUUGACUAAACAGCAGCGAUUUCAUGUUGAAGCUGUCUUUGAGUUGCUUGCUAAUUACUUAAAAGCUGUGUAUAAUAUAUUUAAUGAUCAGAAGAAUUAUAGGAUAAGACGGGAUCUUGAGACAUAUAAAUUCCUAAAACUGGAUUCUGAGAGACGACAUGAUGAUUUGGAUAUGAGUAAAGUGGAAUAUAAAGAAGACAUGCUUAGUGAUAAAGAAGAAGAUCCAUUGUUACCAAAAGAUGAUGAAAUUAACGUUAAAGCAGUCAAGAGGAAACCUGAAUCAUCUCCACGAAAAAUCAUUGAUUCAGAGAUGACAACAAGUAUCCAGUCAAUCGAGGACGAUGCAAAUACAAGCAAUCAGCAACAAAAUGACCAAAAUUUUGGUCUUAGUGCUGAAGAUCUUCAAAUGUUGGAGAUAGAAAAUAAGCAACUCAUUAGUGAGUUUAAAGGCCUUAAUGAGGAAGUACAGCAAAUUGAGCGACAUGUUCACGAUAUUGCGAAAUUACAGGAACUUUUUACUGAAAAGGUUGUAAGUCAAUCAACGGAUAUAGAUAGAAUUGCAAAUACAGUUGUUGGUGCUACAGAAAAUGUUCGUGAAGCGAACGAGCAAAUUAAGGAAGCUAUUCAACGAAAUGCUGGUCUUAGAGUUUACGUACUAUUCUUUCUUUUGGUCAUGUCAUUUUCAUUGUUAUUUUUAGAUUGGUAUAAUGACUGAUUUAAUUAAAAAAAAUUGUGCAUUUUCUAUUACAGUG